AUGGAUUCACUGCGACCACAUCUCCUCCUUCCCCGCCCUCACCGGACCGCACCGCAACCCGCCAGCCCGGCCAUCAUUCGCUCCAGCAGCGCCGAGCCGACGCACUCCUCCAGUCCGGAACACCCAUCCCUCCGCAAGUGCUCCUCAAGUACCCCUGCCGAACUGGAGGAUUCAAGUCGGGUCAUCUCCCUCGAGGAGUUGGCACAGCACAACACCCCCGAGUCCCUCUGGCUCGCAUAUCGGGGAACCGUUUACGACGCCACAGGUGGCAAGAAGAUGCUGCUGCUCGGAGCCGGCAAGGAUGCCACCGACCUGAUAAACAGCCGCCAUCCCUGGGUCAAUGUCGACAAGGUUCUAUCCCGCUACGGCCGCAAGGUCGGCGUUCUGAAGCGCCGGGGCUUUGGCGCCUUUCUGUCGAUUGUGUAG